AUGUGCGUUUACGAGUGUAUGUUCACCGAAUUUGGGAUGAACUUCCCUCUGUCUCCUCUAUUUUUGCAAUUUGCGGCUGAUCGUGGCGUUCCUACGAGUCAACUGACCCACGGCGUGGUUCGCCACAUCGUUUUUACCGAGGCCCUGGCUAGAGCCGCCGGAGUUGUAUUCGACCGCCUCUUUUCGAGCACGACCGUCCAGGCGAGCGAGACCGAACGCGAACUCAAGGAGAAGUUCAGGCUGCUGAAGGAGCUUAGCCAUCGAUUGUGGCCUGAGGUAGUGGCGGCGCUUGAGAAGAAGAAGCAAGAGAGGAAAGAUAAGAGGGAGGGAAAAACAAAUCUGCCAUCCCUGCGACUCCGAUAUCUACCAUCCCGUUCUAAGAAGAAAUCGAUGGGUCUUAGGAAGAGAGCGGCCGUGCCUAUUGACGACGUUGUCGUUGCUUCCGAGCCGGCCCUAAAAAGAAAAGGGUCGAGUCCCCCAGACUGA